CUGCAAUCCGGGCACUUGACCUUGUUGUUUAAACUAGAAGCGCCUGGUUUGAGUCGGGUUCAUGAUACUCGAUAAAAGUGUUCUAAUCUUGGCGUUAUGUGGCGCACUUCUGGGUUUGUGCACAGCUCAAGACAGUAACUACACGUAUUUCAAUGUGUCUGGCUGUUUGGCAUUUUUCGCUCGUUCAAUUUCUAUCAAGUUCCAAGUUGGUACAAAAGUAACUGUUGUACCGAUACCAGCAAGUUCAAUAAAACUCUCGACACAAAGUAAAUGCUCAGAUGCGGAGUCAGUACUGGCUUUCACGGCUAGCACAGGUGAAAUCACAUCUCUUAGUAUGAGUUUGCAGUUUACAAAGUCAGGUCGUUAUUGGGGUGUAUCUGGAUCUUCCGCAAACAUCACAUGCAAAGCAGAAUCGGAUUCGUGUUUUAAUCUACCCGAUAGUCCUGUAGCUAUGGGAUGGGCUGAAGCUCCACUCGGUCUUGGUUACAAAUGCACUAAACCUCCUGUUGCAUCUAUUAUGGCUAAGUUGAACAGUGGCAAGUCGGUAUCUAUCCAAUUCAGCAGUGUUCAGAUCGAACCAUUUAGUGCUAAGAAUGGUGUAUUCGGUGAUGUGACCGAUUGUGUUGGAUACUUCAGUAUCGGUGUUUGGUCUUCGUUAAUUGUUUCUAUCCUUUUGGUGUCUAUUUUAACCUAUGGUCUUGUUAUGCUGGCCUCGGUUCAACCUACUGAAAUAUACGACGAUCCUAAGAAGAAAAUGAUCCAGUUGGGUGCCGAUAAAUAAAACAAUAACACAACGUUGUGCAGUUAGAAAAAAGAUCUUAUUUAACUCAGAAGACACAUGAUGUUCUGUCUAUUUCAAAGCAUAAUUCUCCUUUUUGUAUCUGUGUGCGCAUUACUAGCAGCACCCUUUUAAACUUUUCAUAUUGCCUUUGGCUGUUAUUAUUAUUACUACUACUACAACUGUGUAUGGUAGUAAUUUACUACUAAUUUACUCUGAUGUGAUAUAUAUUUAAUCAUCUCUGAAAACUGAUUAGUUUAAUAAAAGGAGGAUAUCUUCUAUUAG